GUUUGGUGCGACCCGGGUGCUAUGCAGAUGGGCUGCAGCUAAGCCAAUAGCUGCCACUGGCGUCAUCCUUCUUCACCGGUGGGCGUGGGGCACCGUGCGAUGCGCUCAAUUGCCAGUUCGAAGCAGUUCUCACUCUUCAUUCUCAGCCGCGUUGGAGUGAUUCUUCUUGCACGCCCUCCCUCGCUCCAUGCUAUACGUCCCUGUCGCGGAUCGCCCCGUCUAUCGUUUCCUGCUGUUCGCCCUGUCUGGCCCGUUUCGAAGUACCGUGAGCCGUCCAUCUUUGCGAUUCUGUCUGUUUAAGGUCCACCAGGCCGAAGAACGAGCCCUAGCGCAUCAUCUUGCUAGGCAACUUAGGAGCUGGAAUCGUAGGGCUUGAGGGUCCUCUGAUCUUGCUCGGGCGCUUAUAGCGGCCCUCUGCGCACCAUGUCCAGUUUCCCUCAGUACUCAUACCCGCCACAACAACAACGAACUUACUACGAGCCGUCCGCGUUUGAGCUUGCCCAAAAUGUCGCCCAUCGCUCCAAGACACCCACGGAGUCCAUGAUUAAUCACACCGGACUAUCUCCUGGCGGUUACUCUCCUGGUCCACUCAUCGCUACGCCACCGCCAUUGAGCCGCGUUCCUUCACAGCAACCAGUACCGUCACAAGAACAGUUACCGGAUCAGACCUAUUGGGAUAAUGGCAGCAUUUCGAAUUCGCCAACAUCCGUGAGGACACCGGAUAACGAUUCGUUUGAGGUCGAGAUGCUUGACAACCCCGACAUGCGCAGCUUCUAUCAACAGGACUCCAACAUUAUGUCAACACAGGCCUUACAUAACAACGUCCAGGCUGUCGACUCAACUAUGUUCUUCAGUGACCAAGCACUUCAUGAUGCGUUCAACAGUACGCUGGCGCAGCAGCAGCAGUUGCAGUCACAGUUCAAUGUGCAAAGCUUGCAGCAUCAGUAUAUGAUGGCAGCUCAACCGCAACAUACGUUGUUUAGUCCAAACUACACAACUCAAUUGCAGACACACGCUCAGCAACAGCAGCAAGAUCCGUGGAAUGGCCAGGCGACUCCACGAUUCGGAGGGGUGCCUCGAACAGGGCAUGCCAUGCUUGAUCCCGUCUCCGAUCCUACCCUGUACACGCACUUUCUCAACAACAACGCUGUCAACUCCUGGACCGAGAACUUCACGGACCCGAACUUUUUAGUCUCACCAAGUGAGCCCAUGAAUCCUCCUCAAGACAUGAUGUUUGGCUUUACUGCACAAGAUAUGGCCCAUCGACAACAGCACCGUGGGUCGCAAGGAUCGUACCCUCAUAGCCCUGUCGACUUGUGCUUCAACGGAGCACUGCAGUCAGCGGAACAGCCAACAUUCGUCAACUACGAUGCAUCAUCCGCUCUUAUCACGGACAACUACAUCGUGCCCAAUCAGAACCAAUUCGUUCCGCCGUCGCCGUCCACCUCAUCAGUCGGACAGUACUCGCAAUCGUUCUACCAGCCCAUCCCCAGCUCGGGCAGCUCUGAUGGCAAACACUCGUAUCAGCAGGCGGAUUUUGAGAUGCUUGAUACAUUGCCGGCCCAUCAUUCGAACGCCACCAUGUUUUCGCAAGGGAGCGCGUCGCCUGGCCAGCCAAUUCCCGAGAUAUCUUUCGAUGCUUCCCCCGAGCCGGAGCAAUUGAGGCGAGAAUCGACUUUCAGAGCCAUGGGCAAGUCAGGAGGGCGCGCGCUCGGUACGCACCUGGAUCCCAGGGUCGCAAAGUCGGCACACGACAUGCGUAAGAUCGUGGCAUGUUGGCAUUGUGUGCUUCAAAGAGACAAGUGUGGGCCCGGAGAUACCUGCGAGAGGUGCCUGAAACGAUCCCAGCGCCCCAACGCUGAUUGUGGUUUGGGUUGCUCGCGUGUCAAGCUCAUCGACUUGGCCGCAGCCUUCAUCCCACACCUUGUCUCGCAGAUGCAUGAAGAUCAAUUCCUCACACAAUACGUCUCCCAACACAUCUACCAAUGGAACAGCUUAGAACUCACAGUCAUGAUGACUUGUGGCCAGGACAAAAUGCCGCGUAUCCCAGUCAAGGUCUACGAAUUCGUUCCCAAAGGAGACGCACUCACCCAGCAAAUUCAAUAUCGAACAGAUCCUGGGUCGAACAAGCGCAUGAUGCAUCGAAAGCAAAGUCCACCACUGGGUAUGGUUCACAUCGACUACAACGAAGAGAAGAAGUACGAGAAGUACGUCAGUGAUAUUGCUGACAAUCAUUUGGACGCCUUCGGUGAACUCUGCUGGAUGGAAGAUGACAACGACUUCCAACAGAAGCUCUUCAAAUUGAUGACGAGAGUCAAACCGAAGAACGAGGAUGAGGUGAAGCUGUUCCGCGACAUUAAUCGCCUCAUCAUUGUCACCUUCAUCAUGUCCCAUACCCUCACCAUCGCACCCGAGACGAAGUACGCUACGCUUUCACGUAUGCACUCGUUCAAUGGUCGCAACGAAUCUUAUGCGUCGCCACGCAUGACGAACCGCCAACUCAAGUACUUCUUCUCACGAGUGCAGCGGACGAUCCAGAACAAACUUCUGAACAAACUCCAGCAGGUUUUCAAGUCUUCCAAGGGCUGCGACAAGUGGUUGGCAGCAUUCAUGACCAUCGUUGGCAUGUGCAUGGCGCUCGAGGAUCAGCAGAAGACGAUUCACCUUGUGCAAACUACCAAGACGCAGACAGAAGGACUCGACAAUCGAGAUGCACAAGCCCUUGCAGACCACGCUAACAGAGAGAUCGACGAACAGGCGCAUUUUAUCCAGCAAAUCUUUAGAUGGAAGUACAACCGCAAGCACAACCCUCUGCUCAAUGCGGAUCAUGAUUGGGAGAAAGAGGCCGGCUUCGGUGACGCAUCAAGCGUGAGCUUUGUGCGUCAAGUCGCACAAUUGGUCAAAGAAAACACCGAUUAUCUGCAGCAACGACUAGCUGUCAGUAUCUCGUCUGACAACCAGACGAGGUACUCGUCCCGUCUUGUCAGCAAGUUCUUGAUGUCCUUCUGGAUGCCGCAAUAAUCGUGUUGCUCUACUCAGCGUCACCUCUUCUCAGCCCUCAACACGGGCACUCUUCUUUUAACUCAAUCGUGUGUUCGGCAUGGUUGUACGAUUUCUUCGUCCGCUCUUACGUUAUGUCUCACGGCCGACAUCACAUACCAAAAAUACGUUUGUUUUAGGCUGACGACUUACGACUGAACAUGUCACGACCUCAUGUCAUCUGGUGUUCUCGAGAUUUGGUUCAUCUCACUUUGCGGUCUGUAGUCUUUGGCGGUAAUACCCUACAUUUCUAAGAUGCCAGCCCUUACGGCCGCAGCAUUGGCCAACAUAGCGUAGCGUCCAGCAUCACUUCGAUAUUAAUACCGUUUCAACAAAU